GUUAAUUAUAAAGGUCUACAUAUAGAAUCCAUUUAACAAUUUAAAUCCCAAAUAUUUUCUCAGAUAAUUCCCAACAAAAACCGCAAUAAAAUAUAUAUCAUAUACUACCUCAGUCACAAACGCAAUGGAUAUCAAGAAAAUGGACCAAGGCCUCCUCAAACGCAACCCCUCCCUCACCCCCGCCGAAUUCUCCCACCACUGGUACAACGUCCACGCCCCCCUCGUAAUCCCCUUCUUCCUCCACUCCGGAAUCCAACACUACGAACAAAUACACGCCCCCCUCUCGACCUCCGAUCCCAACCUCGACAUCUCAGCCUGGGACGGCGUAGCGGGCAUGCCGCCACAGGAGGUCCUUGAUGCGCCGUCGACGUUGCCGAAGUGGAAACAGGAUUAUUAUAGGGAGGUGAUAUUGGUGGAUGAGAAGAGGUUUUUGAUUAGUGCGGCGCUGGAGCAUAUUUUUAGGGUUGGGCCGGGGACGGUGGAGGGGGAGAAGAAGGUGGUGAUUAAGGAGGGGAAGGCGCUGGUGGAGGUUGGGGAGGAGGUGUGGAGGGUUUGGAGGGAGUAUGAGAGGAGGGGGGAGGAGGAAUAG